CAGACUAAGGGUGUAUGUGUGCGUGGAGCAAAGGAGUCAAGGAGAGCCGUAAGCUCCACUUGAACUUGGCCGCGUCUUAGCCACAUACAAAAGCGCCAAGUAGGCCUCAUCUCACCCCCACCUAACUGCAACACCACAACAUCCCCGUACCAGUGAUAACUCCACCAUCCACCAACCAAAAUUUUCCCGGAAAACCCAAGCCCACCCAGAAAGUAAGGAAGAAAGGAUGUCAGUCGCUUCAUCUCCAAUCCCUUUCAUCAAAAUCCCCAAAUCUUCAUCCCCAUCCUCCUCCUCCUCCUUCUCCUGCUCAUCCCCAUCUCCCUCUUCCUCCUCAUGCUCUUCCUCUUCCCCUUCCUCCUUCAGGUUCUCCCUCUCAAAGCCCUCUGUUCUCACCAUAAGGAGCUCCCAGACCGAGGGCCCUCUCAGAAGACCCCUUGCCCCUUCUCCCCCUCCGGCCGUCAAGCCCCUCCAGCCCCCCUCCCCGACGCCGCCGGCCCCCAAGCCCUCUCCGCCGUCGGUGGCCGCGCCGGUGAAGGAGAAGGGUGCUGCGGUGGUCACCUUGGAGUUUCAGAGGCAAAUGGCCAAGGAGCUUCAGGAUUACUUCAAGCAGAAGAAGCUUGAGGAGGCUAAUAAGGGCCCUGUCUUUGGAUUCGUUGGCAAGAAUGAAAUCAGCAAUGGCAGAUGGGCCAUGUUCGGAUUUGCUGUCGGGCUGCUGACAGAGUACGCGACAGGCUAUGACCUUGUUGAUCAAGUAAAGAUUCUCCUCUCCAAUUUCGGGAUAGUAGACCUCGAAUAGGUCUUUUUUUCUUUUUUUUCUUUUUCCUUUUUACAUCUACAAUGCUAUAAAUACUCUCUAUUUGUCGGUGAUAUCUGAAUCUAAAUCAAUAGUUCAAGUACCCACUUUCUCAAGCAAGAUAUUUGAUCUUUGUUUGUGUAAAAUACUCAGCAUUGUUCAGCUAGUUCCAGAACAAGUGAAUUGCAUUUGCUAUAUAGCCUAUACCUUUUGGCCAGGAUUAUUGAUGCCAACACUUCCCAUGUA